UGUAGGUAGUGAGAAACAAGGACAGUGGCACCGCACUUGAUGGUGAUGUGUUCACAUCUUGCUUUGUUCUCCCCUGAUCAAAGCCAUGCAGAUGCAUUUAUUCUGGUAACUUUCAGUCAUAUUGAGGUUUGGACAGACCUUUGACAGGAUGUUGGGAUUUCUGAAGAACCCGGUUGUGGUUACUGCGGAGAUAAAUGUGAACCUUGUGGCAUUGACUGUGAUGGGAUUAAUAAGCCGUCUUUGGGGGCUUUCCUAUCCACGGGCUGUAGUUUUUGAUGAAGUUUAUUAUGGCCAAUUCGUUUCACUCUACAUGAAGAGGAUCUUCUUUGUGGAUGACAGCGGCCCACCUUUUGGCCAUAUGCUGCUAGCUUUGGGAGGUUACUUAGGAGGAUUUGAUGGAAACUUCUUAUGGAACAGGAUUGGAGCUGAAUAUAGCAUGAACGUGCCUGUUUGGUCCUUGCGACUCCUGCCAGCUCUGGCUGGUGCUCUGUGUGUGCCUUUAGCAUACCAGAUUUUGGUAGAACUGCAGUUUUCCCACUGUUCUGCACUUGGAGCUGCUCUUCUGAUUCUCUUAGAGAACUCUUUGAUCACUCAGUCAAGGUUCAUGCUUCUGGAAUCAAUACUGAUCUUUUUUAUCCUACUUGCAGUUUUGUCCUACCUGAAGUUCUACAAUUUGCAAAGGCACAGUUCCUUCUCUGGGAGCUGGUGGUUUUGGCUUCUGUUGACUGGAGUAGCUUGUUCUUGUGCAGUUGGAGUGAAAUACAUGGGUGUGUUUACCUAUAUGCUGCUCUUGGCCAUCACAGGAUUCCACUUCUGGCACAUGAUAGGAGACCAUAAAUUGUCAAAUGUUUCCUUGACGUGCCAUUUUCUAGCUAGGGGACUGGCCCUCAUCAUCAUCCCAGUGGCAAUGUACCUGUCCUUCUUCUAUGUUCACUUGGCUUUGCUGUAUCGCUCUGGGCCUCAUGACCAGAUUAUGACAAGUGCUUUCCAAGCCAGCUUAGAGGGUGGGCUGGCUCGAAUCACUCAGGGUCAGCCCUUAGAGGUGGCCUACGGCUCUCAAAUUACUCUGCGGAACGUGUUGGGCAAGCCCAUGCAGUGUUGGCUCCAUUCUCACACGAAUACUUAUCCCAUCAGGUAUGAGAAUGGCCGAGGUAGUUCCCAUCAACAGCAGGUGACCUGCUAUCCCUUCAAGGAUGUGAACAACUGGUGGAUUGUCAAAGAUCCUGGCAUGCAGCAGCUGGUGGUGAGUAACCCACCCCGUCCUGUCAGGCACGGACACAUCGUGCAGCUGGUCCACGGCAUCACAACUCGGUACCUCAACACGCAUGAUGUUGCUGCCCCUCUUAGCCCCCACUCCCAAGAAGUUUCCUGCUAUAUUGAUUAUAACAUCUCCAUGCCAGCACAGAACCUUUGGAGAGUGGAAAUUGUAAAUCGGGAGUCUGACACAGAUGUGUGGAAGACAAUUCUGUCGGAAGUGAGGUUUGUUCACGUGAACACCUCUGCAGUGCUAAAGCUCAGUGGAGCAUCUUUACCCGAGUGGGGAUACCGGCAGCUGGAGGUUGUUGGAGAGAAACUGUCCAAAGGCUACCACCAGAGCAUGGUGUGGAAUGUGGAAGAGCACAGAUAUGGGAAAAGCCAAGAGCAGAAAGAGAGGGAAGUGGAACUCCACUCUCCCACGCAGAUAGACAUAAGUAAAAACCUCAGCUUCAUGGCAAAGUUCACAGAAUUGCAGUGGAAAAUACUCACAUUAAAAAAUGAAGACACAGAACAUAAGUACAGCUCCUCUGCUCUUGACUGGAUCACAAUGGACACAAAUAUUGCCUACUGGCUCCACCCGACCUCUGGUGCCCAGAUCCACCUCCUUGGGAAUGUUGUCAUCUGGGCUUCAGCUAACGUCGCUGCUCUGAUCUAUGUGUGUCUGUCCCUGUGGUACUUGGUACGACGAAGGAGAAAGAUUUACGACUUUCCUGAAG